AUGGGCUUCAACCCGUUCCGGUCUGUGAAGAACUUCUUCCACGACCUCAAAAAUGCCCCCGAGGCCCAAUACAUCACCUCUGCGGCUGCACCGACUCAGUUUCCCAGCCAGGAGUCAUUCAACGUGCCUGAGAAGGUGCAUUACCUUGAGACCAGCGCACGUCUGAGCCGGCACUUCACGCACGAGUCACUCGAACAGAUAGGGCAGAAUGGCACCACGCCUCUGCCUCCCCGACCGGAUAAGAAGAAGGGCAGUGCGCUCGAUGCCGUCGUGAGGGCUGCAGGUUCGAGGUGGACCUUGGGCGUGGUUCUCCUACUCCUUGUGGUGUGGGGUGUAUUGGGUGCCGUGUUCGGACCGACAGACACAUGGCAGGUCAUCCUACAGGAUGUCUCUUCCAUCCAGGCCUACACUUCUGCAACGCUUCUCAUGCGGCAGCAGAAUAACAAUACCCGCGGCCUUCUGCAAAGAAUCUGCGGCCUCAUCUCCCGCAGCGAGUCUAAUGAGCGCAUGGUCCGAUCCCUGACGGCCGAGCAGCGCGCGAAGCUUAGGGCUUCGACACAAAAGAUCAGGUCCGAAGUCGUUGACUCCCUGCAACACAAGCAAGACAUGUUCGACAAGAUCUCCAACGGUGUGGCCAAGGCUACAGGAUCUCUGAUCGCCCUGGGCAUCUACUGGGCUGGCAUCAUUGGCUGGGUGUUUUCGGGCCUCCCCCUGCAAUUCUCCGACACUUGGCAGCUCGACGUCAACACAGCCACAGCUCUCGAAAUCACCUUCACCACAGUCUUCCUGCAGAACGUCCGUAGUUCGCACGACAAGCACCUCGACAAGACUGUGCAGGGUAUUGAGCGCCUCGAUACUGAGAUCGAGAUGCAGCUGCGUCGCAUGACGGGCGACAUGACCCCUAACCCAACCAUCGCCAGCGAGCCUGCCAAGCUGAACAGAUGGGUCAAGGGUCUGGACAUCUACGCAUACAUCAUUGGAGGCUCAGUUGGUCUCGUCAUCUCAGCCUUUGUCUUUGGCACCUGGAUCCUGGUCGGAGACCCCAUGGAGUUUGACGACAACUGGUUCCUGAUCAUUGGUACAUACACAGGACUCAUUGGUUUCAUCGACGGCUUCAUCCUUAAGAACGUCGACGCGCGUGAGGCCAAGCUGUCCAUGAAGCAUUUUGACAAGCUGGUCGCGCAAGACCGCAGGAUCUUUGCGCUGAUUGGUAUUGAAGUGCCGGAGAGCCAGAUCGUGGUCAAGGACUCACUCAACAUCCGCAUCAGCAAGACAGUCGGUAGAUGGGUUGAGAGCACCACGGCCAGCUGGGGAUCUAUCCUCACUGUGUUUGCUUUGCUCAUCGUGGCCUCAGCCAUGCAAUGGACCGAGACAGGCCAGCUGCUCUGCAACACCCCGACCAUGAUUGUCGAAGGGUUCCUGCUGCUGACGCUGAUCCAAGCCGAGAACAUUGCGGACGACAAGAAGCGUGUGACCUAUGAGGACAUCCUGAACCGAAGACUUGUCCUGGACAAGCACCUGGCAGGAUGGGGCGGCAUGAAUGACUAUGACUCAGACGGAAUGAGCUUUGAUGAGAAGGAUGGCGUGGUGGUGCAGACGUUCAAGAUCAAUGGCGGGGACGUAGAGAUGGGCGGCUCCUUCUAG